AUGGCAAACGAUUCUACACCUCCAACUCUUUGGAAUUUUCCUUUACCACUUGUUGUUGCUCCAACUUCAAAUACUAUUGAACAACAACAAUCAUCUAUUGUUAGUGGAGUUGGUGAACGAAAACAACGAACAUUACGUUUAUCAAUAAAUGCGCGUGAACGUCGACGGAUGCAUGAUUUAAAUGAUGCACUUGAUGAAUUACGUUCCGUGAUUCCCUAUGCACAUUCACCAUCCGUACGUAAAUUAAGUAAAAUUUCAACAUUGUAUUUGGCUAAGAAUUUUAUUCUUCUACAAGCACAAGCUAUUGAUGAAUUAAAAAAAUGUGUUCUUCGUGCAAGUAUUAUGAGUAGUCAACCAGGAGCUAUUCUAUCACAAACAACAGCGAUGGAUUUUCCUAAUACAGAUCAAAUAAAUGAUAGAUGA